AUGAGUGAUACCUCAAUUAAAACUAUCAAAAUAGAAACUUUUAACAAUUUUGGUACUGUCAAUUUUGUUAGUGAAAAGAAUGAAAUUCAAACAAUGACAUCUGCAGCAAGUGCUGUUGUUUCAAAUGUUCCUAAAGCUAAUGAAUCAAUAAAAGAAGAAAAGAAAGAAGAAAAGAAAGAAGAAAAGAAAGAAGAAAAGAAAGAGAUUAAUAAAGGAGAAGAUGGAAGAAAAGAACAUUUAAUUAAUAGACUUUCAUUACAACCAAAACAUCUUGAAAAAUUAAAAGAAUGGACUGGAAUGAAUGACUUUAAAGUGAUAUACUUUAAUGAUAAAGAUUUAUUUACAGCUAAAGAAUUCUUUAAUAAAGUUAAAGGAUUAGAACAUAUUAUGCUUUUAUGUGAAACAAACAAUAAUAUGCUUUUUGGUGGUUAUUUUAGUAAAAUGCCAGAUAAACAAAAUACUUGGAUUAAUGAAGAUAGUAAACAUUUUAUAUUUACACUUAGAAAUCCACACCUUGUACCACCUACAAUGAUUCAACCAAGAGUUGAUAAUCAUAAUAUUAUUAUGAUUAAAGGUGAUGAUGAAAUAACAGAAGUUUGUGAAAACUAUGCUUUUGUAAUAUGUAAUAACACUACAAGUAAACAACAUAUUAGAUUUGCAUCUAUGUAUCACGACACUACUUAUAAAGGAGAACGUUUAUUUGCUGGUAAUCAAAAGACUUUCCAAAUUAGAAAUUUUGCUGCUAUUCAAUGGGAAUAA